UGCAAUUCCAGCUCCCACUGCUACUCCUAUGACCACCGACACAAUGGAAAAGAGAAAAAUCCAGAGGUGAAUUACAUGAACCAAAAUCAAAGUCCCCAAAUUCACAAAAAACUCGAAGAUCCAAAAAUGGAUGACUUGAGAUGCAAGUCAUAUAACGAUUCCAGAGGACAAGUCGAAAGCUACAGUUAUUCUACUGAUUUUGGUAACGGUUACAGCGAACCCAGUUCAAACCCAAGUGGGUUUCGAUGUUAUAGUGCUUCAUAUGCAUCGAAUAACACUCAGAUGGAGUUGUCCAAGGAAGUGAAGUUUAAGAAAGGGAAGUCAAGUAAUGGGUCAGUUUCUAAGAGCUGGAGUUUCAAUGAUCCAGAUUUGCAGAGGAAGAAGAGAGUGGCUAGUUAUAAGGUUUACACGGUUGAAGGAAAGGUUAAGGGAUCCAUAAAGAAGAGUUUUCGUUGGAUUAAAGAAAGGUGUACCAAAGUAGUCAAUGGCUGGACCUGAUCUAGAAUUUUCAAGUAUGUUACAGUUAG